CGUUUUUACAUUUAAAUAUAUAUAGUAAGCUACAGAUUUAUUCACAUAAUGGGUUUGAAAGAUAUUGGGUCCACAUUGCCACCGGGGUUUCGGUUUCACCCAAGCGAUGAAGAGUUGGUUUGUCAUUAUCUCUGCAACAAGAUUAGGGCAAAAUCUCUCCACUGUAAUGUUGAGGAUGACGACGUUGAUGAAGCCUUGAAGGAUGCUACUGAUCUUGUGGAGAUUGACUUGCAUAUUUGUGAGCCAUGGCAGCUCCCUGAUGUGGCAAAGCUGAACGCCAAAGAAUGGUACUUCUUCAGUUUCCGCGAUCGAAAAUAUUGCACUGGUUAUCGUACAAACAGAGCCACACUAAGUGGAUACUGGAAAGCAACAGGCAAAGAUCGAUCUGUAAUUGAUCCACGAACAAGGCAAUUGGUAGGGAUGAGGAAAACACUGGUGUUCUACCGAAACAGAGCACCGCAUGGGAUCAAAACUACUUGGAUCAUGCACGAGUUCCGGCUUGAGUGUCCUAACAUGCUACCCAAGGAAGACUGGGUCUUGUGCAGAGUUUUCAACAAAGGCAGAGACUUAUCACUACAAGACCAUAAAAGUGAUCACCUGACGCAAAGGUUUGCGUUUAAUGACGCUCCGGAUCUUAAUUACGCUCCUAAUUACAACAAUCAGUUGCACCCUUUACUAUCAUCCUCUCCUUCAACCACCAUCGACCCUCUACAUCAUCUUGAUCAGUGGGGGCAGCUAAUGAAGCAGCCUUCAAGGACUACUGGCCAUCCCUAUCAUCACCAUUGUAAACAUCAAACCGUAGCAUGUGGCUGGGAGCAGAUGAUGAUUGGUUCGAUAUCAUCAUCGUCGGCACAUGGCCAUGAUCACGAGUCCUUGCUAAAUUUGCUUUACGCCGACAGUAACAACGAUAUCAACGUCACUGAUGAUCAGUACAAUCAGAACUACGAGAAGAUAUUGUUGCCAUCAGACUCAACUAGUUUGGAUCAUGAUAAGAUAUGUGUGGGGUCAUCAUCCGAUGGUGGUAUGGUCUCUGAUCCUCACAUGGAAUGUGGCGGCUUGAGUUUUGAGACUGACAACCCCCUUUCUUUCCAUUGAAAUAUAUACUACACAAGGGGUUAUGCAUAUAUUCGCCGAUUUGUUGAUUCGCAAAACGUGGAAAGAUUUAUUUAAAAGAAAUUUUAUAUAAUGAUAAUAUGUAAUAUAUAAUAAUGU